AUGAAAAGCAUAGCAAAAACAGAAGAAGAUUCUCCAAAGAAACCUAUCUGGGAAUCAUUGUUAGAGAGAGUAUUUUAAUUUAUAAAUCUAGGGAUCAUGCAAAAAGGAGGAAAUCUAAAGAAAAAUAAAGGAAAAGUUGGAUAAGGAUAAAGAAUUAGACCCUUAAUGCACCUUUAAGCCUUUCUUAAUCAAUUAAGCUUGUUAACUCUAUAUAUCAUAUUUUAGAACUUUAAAUUAAUAAACCUUUUCAUGAAAGGCAAUAAAAAUGGUUAGAAGACAGGAAACUAAAGAUUAAUGAAAAAAGAGAGGGUGUUAAAGAUAAGAGUCUAGAAAAGUGCUCGUUUCAACCCCAAUUGGGACCAUAACCAUAAAUACCUGAGGUAGACAUUAGAAACACUAAGGGAAUGGAUUCCUUUAUCUAGAGACAGGAAAAAGCAAGAAAAUUAAAAUAAGAAAAAAAUUUGUUAUUAAAUAAUCCAUAUUCUCACUUAAGUUCAGAAAAGAAAGCUGUUGUGACAGUAUUUAUUUUAUUAAUAUAAACUAGACCCAAUCAUAUUAUAGUAGCAAUCACCCUAUUUCAAAAGAAUAUGAAUCUAUAAAGAAAGCAGAAAGAAUAGAAUUUUCAAAAGCUUUAGAGACGUCACAAGAAAUUGAAACUUAAUCAUAAACUUAAUAGUAACAAAAAAUGUAAUUGGGAAUGGCUAUGAAAAUGCUACACAACCAAUUAUAUAAUAUUCAAUUUAACAGUGAAUUUUGA